GCAGGCGCGGGUUCUUGCCGCCGGAGGGGCUACAAGAACACGCCAGUCCGCCGGCAAGCUGAUACGCGGCUGCCGGCAGCCAGCGUCCGCAAGGACGCACGCGGACGCGCAAAACAUGCAUACGUGCCGUCCGCGCGGCGUGCACAGCAUCGCGCUUGUGCUGGCUCUCGCAAUCGCCUGGUUGCCUCAUGCUGACCAUGCCGCGGGAGCGGGCGGAGGAGGGAUGUUCGGUGACGUCAAUAUCUCAGCCAUUUUGGAUUCGCUAAGUGUAAGCUACGACAAAAGAGUGAGGCCGAACUAUGGAGGACCGCCCGUGGAUGUGGGAGUCACCAUGUACGUGCUCUCCAUCAGCUCCUUAUCUGAAGUGAAAAUGGAUUUCACCCUGGAUUUCUACUUCAGACAGUUUUGGACAGACCCCAGGCUUGCUUACAAAAAAAGGACGGGUGUGGAGACACUUUCUGUCGGCUCAGAAUUUAUUAGAAACAUAUGGGUACCCGACACUUUCUUUGUUAACGAAAAGCAGUCUUAUUUCCACAUCGCUACUACAAGCAACGAAUUCAUCCGUAUUCAUCAUUCUGGAUCUAUUACUAGGAGUAUAAGACUGACUAUCACGGCUUCUUGUCCAAUGGAUCUGCAAUACUUUCCGAUGGACCGUCAAUUAUGCAAUAUUGAAAUCGAGAGUUUCGGCUACACCAUGCGGGACAUCCGAUACAAGUGGAACGAGGGGCCCAACUCUGUGGGCGUGUCGAGCGAAGUGUCUCUGCCGCAAUUCAAGGUGCUGGGCCAUCGGCAGCGAGCCAUGGAGAUUUCUCUUACGACAGGAAACUAUUCACGACUGGCAUGCGAAAUCCAAUUUGUCCGUUCAAUGGGAUACUACUUAAUUCAAAUAUACAUUCCAUCUGGCCUAAUUGUAAUUAUAUCUUGGGUAUCAUUCUGGUUGAACCGAAAUGCGACACCUGCUAGGGUAUCACUAGGCGUCACUACUGUACUUACGAUGACCACGCUUAUGUCAUCCACGAAUGCUGCUCUGCCCAAGAUCUCAUAUGUCAAGUCUAUCGAUGUCUACUUGGGAACCUGCUUCGUCAUGGUCUUCGCCAGUCUUCUAGAAUAUGCUACCGUCGGCUAUAUGGCUAAAAGGAUACAGAUGAGGAAACAAAGAUUUACUGCUGUUCAGAAAAUGGCUGCUGAAAAGAAAAUGCAAAUAGAUGGGCCACCAGGUACAUCGGAGCCUUUACCACCACCGAGAACGAGUACGCUGACAAGACCACCACCACCGAGUAGAUCAUCAGAGGUUCGAUUCAAAGUUCAUGACCCGAAAGCAUAUUCCAAGGGCGGCACCUUAGAAAAUACUAUCAAUGGAUCUCGUGGUCCCGCUCCCGCACCUGUACCUGCAGCCCCGCAACCUGACGAAGAAGCUGGACCACCUCCGCACCUUAUUCAUGCUUCAAAGGGUAUCAACAAACUGCUCGGAACGACUCCAUCGGACAUCGACAAGUAUUCUCGCAUCGUGUUCCCCGUCUGCUUCGUUUGCUUUAACUUAAUGUACUGGAUCAUAUACCUCCAUGUCUCCGACGUUGUGGCCGACGACUUGGUACUGCUAGGCGAAGAAAACUAAUUUCUCUCGAAUAAACUAUACUUACCGAACUUGUUCAAACUUAGGGUGCUCAUGAUCAACCAUCCAUCAAGUUUCGGUAAUGCGCUUUGGAAUCCUAGAAACGCUCGAUAAAUCUAUUAGCGUUCUGUAACCUUAUAAAUGUAACCAAAUAAACAUCACUAUGACUAUAAUAGAUACGUGUCGCGUGUAUUGACACUGGUAAUAUUGAAUUCUUUAGUAAAUAGAGAUAAUAUAAAGUUCAAAAUGUAAGUCAAUCUGUCUAAGAGACAAAAUGUUAUAUCUUCAAUAGUUAUCAGUCUUAAAUAAAUGUGUAUGUAUACAAGAAAAUCUGCAGUUAUAAAGUAAUUUACAUUUUAUGGGAUUAAAUUAGUUAUUAAUAAGAAUCCAAGUUUAUAUACAAAUUACUAAUUGCAAACCUAAGCGCUUUUUAUUGCUAACUUCAAAUGAUGGCUGUCUUUACUUCUCUAGUUGAUUAAGUAGCAAUUUUAUAGAAUAUAUAUCACUAAUAACAUUGAAAAGUAUAUACUGAAUGGACAGGCGCGUUUUUUCAAUUUAAUCAAACUGUAGUUAUUGUCACGUUGAUCGGCAAGGCAUUGAAAGGAUAAAUUCACACGUAAGAUUUUCAAUCAUUCAAAUAUCUACCCAAAUUAGCAAAGUGUAACAUUAAUGAAACAAUAACUUUCUAUUUAAAAAAAUAUUAAAUUAGAUAAAAUAGAUUAUAAAAUCUCUCAAUUAACACGACAGUAGUAACAUUUUAUAGCUCGGUAUCGCCAUAAAAUAUUACAUUUUUCAAUUAUUUAGAAGACGCUGAUGUUUUUGAACAUCAUUUGCCCGAAUUAUCAAAUGUAUUUCAAAUAUUCGUAAAAGUAUAUCGGUACAAAACAGUAAAGUAACCUCAAUACACUAAAGGUAACAGGGACUACGUACUUUUUGACGACAAUUGGUGUUUAGAAAGUUGGACCACAGUCCCUUACCGAUAGUGCCUCUUCAUAUUGCAGUACUAGCCAUAAAUCUAUGAAUUUGACAUUAGCGCGCGUCACUAGGUACUUAAAUAAAAAGAACUAAAGUAAAACGACGGAAUUUGAAGAGGACUUGAUACCGUAUUUACGAUCAUGAGUCCUGUAUAGGGCAAGAUGUAAAUAAUUAUACAUAAUAUUAUAUUUAUACGAUUAGGGUACACAUACACGAUUGCUCUAGUUUUUUAAAAAAGUUAUUCGGUUCAAUUUAACAUGUAUACACCGGUAAUACACUUCAAAUUAAAUCUAGUGCACAGAACACUUUUUCUACGUAGUUUAAAAAUUUACAUGUAUCAAUUGAAUGUAAUGUGUUAGAUCUGACGGAGUGACAUGAUAUGUUCUUAAGAGUAAGUGGUUUAUCGAUCUUGAUUUCUUACUUCUCGGUCUUCAUCAACCUUGGAUAUUGAUCGGGUUUGUGUUGUAUUUAAAUCAACAUACGUAUUACGCGGGGUGGCUCGGUGAGACCUUUGUAACGUACGUCUUUACACGUAUUUCGUAAGUACAAUAAAGUAUAAGAAUAAAGGAAGAGAGGAAGCGGGGAGUUCGUAGAGUACCGUUGCCGUUUUAGAGCUGUGACUACUCUAAGUUUUGAUCUCACAAUUAAUUGAAAAUAUACAUAAACUUAGAAAAAUAAACUUAUCUACUAAUAAUAAUAUUGUAAAAGGGAAACAAUUCUUAGUUGUGUUUAUGCUCAUAUAGGCUUGUAGAGGUUUUAUUGAUAUUGUUUGUAUUUACUUAUACAUUCCAAUUUUAUUGGGAAGACAUUUUCCCAAGUUUCGUUUUAUACGAUACUUCCUUGUUGUGACUCCAGUUUUUAGAUAUUUACAGUAUCAUUUUGGAGUAUUUUAAGAUUUGUGCUACAAGCCAUUUCUUGUUAGAAAAAUCCCUUAUUAUUUAUUUCUGAAUUUGCUCAACGUUUUUCAAAGACACUAUUUAUAAAUAUGUAUAAGGGAGUGCAAAUAGUUAAUUUGACUAGGAAAUGUAAUAAAUACAUAGGUUAGAUAGUGAUAUUUUUAAGUAAUUAUAAUUUGCCUCCUAUUUUAUACCCACAUUCUCAGACUGUGCAUUAAGACUAGCGUUUAUAAAUUUUAUCAUUUAGAAAGUCUAUUUCUGUUUAAAGAUAUUUAAAUUUAUUUAAAAUACAAUUAAUCCUAACAAUUGUAUAAAGACUGAGUCAAUAUUAUUUUAGUUCCUCAUAUUUACAGCUAUAAUGAACACGACAGCCAUCUAUAAGUUCCCUUGAUUACGUAAGUUCUUCUGUUUCUGUUAGAUACUGCAUUAACUAAAAGUUAUAAAGAUAAAUAAAAAAUCUAUUGCAUUACUAUCACAAGAUAGUGACAUAAAGAUUCUGUUCUAAUAUAUAUUUAUAUACAUAUAUAUAUAUAUAUAUAUAUAUAUAUAUAAUAUUGUAACUACUGAUUGUAACUACUAAUUAGUAGUUACAAUAUAAUAAAAUUGAUAAGUAAUAAUCUUUAACGAUUAACUAUUAGUCGACCUUCAAAAUGAACUAUGGAUUAAAAAUGUAUAUGAUAAUGAAAAAAAAUAUGUAAGAUGUGAAAUUCGCAUUAUAUUGCACCUAGUUAGUAAGUGAGUAGCGUAGCUUAGCGUACGGGGGAGCGGGCGAGGCGAGCCGAAGGGGAUGGCCACAGUUUACUUAGUAAAACUUUCGAGGUUGAUGUACAGCGGCAGCGGGCCAAGUUAUUGGCACGGCUAGCGACUCUUGCUAAGCGGUGACGCUCGAGCCUCUCUCCGCUCGAUUCCAAUAUAAACUGCAUUCUGUCCAAACUACUACUACUAUGUAUACUGAAACAUCUAGCGCGCAUUGCCCGCAAACCUCUUUCGCGAAACCAAAUUCUAAAUCACAUUUAAAUAAAAUCUAGCAUUAUUAAAAAAAAUAUACUGUGUGAGUAAAAUCAAUCUAGAAAACUAAGAUGAUGAUGAUAAUUUAUUAUGAUAUAGGUAUCAAAUAAAAUUUCAAUAAUAUUAAUAUAUAUUUAUUAUUAUCACGUUUCCCAAAUUAGUCUACCUACUUUCGUAUAACUGAUUCACGAUGAAAUAUUUCGUUGCACUAGAAAAACUAAUUGAUUACUUACUCACUUGUCAAAUAUUGUGGAGAUUCUUUUGCUGAGAUUUUAGGUACUGUCAAGUAAUUUCGUGUUCAGACGAAUUAAUAAAUAGUAGUGAAUGAGUAUAAAAAAUUAAAAUCAUCCAUAUAAACAAAGGCUGUCGAAAGUUAAUAUUCUAAACUAAUUCUGACUACUUUAAAAUUAUUGUAAGCAACAAGCAUGAAUCGCCGUCACUUGCGCCGGCACCUGUAGGUGGCGCUCUGCGUACUUUAAAAUUAUUAUUACUUUGCUGCACAUUCAGGUAUUGGGCCUGUAAGAAGCACAUGCGUUUAAAUUGUUUUACAUAGUGUUAUACUUAAUAUGUAGAUAUUACGUACACUCAUAACUAUUGGCACUUGAUUUCGAAGUAUUUCUGCAUCAUAGACGCAUAUUAUACAUACAUAUAAAAUAUUUAAUGAAUAAAGCAUAGUAAAUGCAGACUUGAAUAGUGCCAAAUGUGAGGCUUUAAAAUUUUAUUAUUCGCUUUUUAUUACGAAUAUAUUUCUACCACAUCUGUUUUAAAUUAUAUAAUAACUGGCUAUAAUAAUAUAAUCAAUGUCAUUAGAUAUGUCAUAAUUUGUGUUUCAAUUCAAGUAUACCCUAGUAAUAGACAACUUUGUGAUGUAUAUAAUUAAUAAUUAUAUACAGUAUAUAAACCCCUGUAACUUUGAGCAAAGGUUUGUUGUUGAACACGAGUAUGUAUACCACUUUUGUAAAUAAAAUCCAACGGAUCUGUCCUACGAGGAAUUACUUCAUUCACAGACAGUGUAAUGUAUUGCCGUUACUUGAAAUAUAUCUCGAUGCUGAUUUUUUACCUAUACUUCUAUUAAGUGUUUCGUAAUAAGAUUUAAAAUUUUUGAGGCAUAUCAUGUGUUAGAAUGUAUUAUGCUGUUUCUUUGUUAUGUACUUUAAUGUCCUCUGCACAUUCAUUUAUAUAUGAGUGCUUAUGAAAAUAUUCCAUUAAUGCUUACCAAAAUUUGAUUGAAUAUUUUCAUAAGUAACAUUGUGAUUGCACCUCGAAGUAUAUUUAUGUAAUUAUAUUCAGCUUCUACGUGUUUUAUGAACCAGUGUAUAUUUUAUUGAGUAUUGUAUCAGUGUUAAGUAGUGUUCUGUUAUCAUUAUAAUGUAAGAAAAAUAAAUUAAAAUAUCCAGAUAAUUAUAGUUUUGGUGUUAUUAACGUGUGAAACUAAUAAAUAUUAAUAAAAUCUUUUGUUUUAACUUGCUAGUAAAAAUCAGUUAAGCUACUAAGUAUAUGAAUAUUUCUUCGACCAAAAUAUUUAUGACAAUAAUUAAUAAACCAUUUACCUAAAAAAACGUCAGUGUGUCAACAUCGAAUCGUUUGAACAUAGAAAAUUAAUGAUCUAUGCUGCCGUCAAAAGUUACGAGUACAAGCCAGAAUCUAUUAUAACAUCAAUAAUUUAUUUAUACAAAUAUCAUAAUCUCUACUGCACGCCAGUUACUAAACAGCUGGUAAUAGAUACCUUAAAACGAAUUUAUGCAGACCAGAUGAAUGAACUGGUACUUUAUAUCGUUGUCUACCAUGUCACAUAUGUACCUACGUAUUUUUUUGAGAACCCGGAAUGUAUGGAAAGGAUAAAGUAUCCUCAAUUCUCUCUCUAAACACUUAAGUACUAUCUAGCUUCCUCAAACUAUUGUCUAUUAAUCAAUGUUGUGAGACAAUAAUUAAUUAUUCAUACUUUCUGGUCUAAAGAACGGACGACUAAUAAAGUAUACCUUAUUACGAUCACUAAAUGGCAUAUACGACCGAUCCCUAUUAAGCCCUGAUUAGUCUCAAAACUGAAGACGUUGUAAUUCUAAGUUUCUUGGACAUGACUGUGCAGCUUUACAUUACACCGUCCGUUUCUUGAAAUAUCAUACUUAUAGAAUUUCAACAGAAUAUAUUAUGCACCUUCCAGCUUUAACUAGUUAAUACCUAAUAGACCUAUCUUUUUGCUCGUUAAAAUACUACCGAAAUUCUAAAAAAUAAAAUUUAUCUAUAACAAAUUAAAUUUUAGUACAUUCAGUAGAAGAAGUGUGUGUACAUUUAGGUCCCUUGAGAAUAUUGAAUAUUUUGCAGUUAAUGUUGUGCUCCACCUAUUAAAGUUUACUAACUAGUCUAGUUGCUUGCUUCUACUAGACUCAAGUUUGAAGUUCUUGGAAUGUGUUUAUAAGUAAGAUGUAUCAGUCAGUUCGCUACGACUACCUUGACGUAAGAUGCACUUACCUGAUAGAGCGUAUGCACACUUCUACUGAUGAGCACUAAGUUUGUAACUCGGCCAGAUUGUAGUUUGUAUUCCUUAAAAUGAACACUGUGCAGUGCUUCGCUUCCACAGAAAUAUAUCUAAUAUAAUAAAACUGACGUAACAGAUUCUAAAUAUAUAUAUAAAAUAUAUAGUUCGUUAUUGUUUGAGGCUGAAAGUUUUGAAACUCUCGAACAUUACGUAUUGUCUAACAACGUGUUGUGUCAAUGUAUAAGUAAAGAAGUUGUGUAAUUGAUUUAAUUUAUUGAAAUGUCUAAUAUCUAAGUUGAAUAUGUAACUAAUGAAUCUUCCUCGAUGCAAAACUAAAUUUUAUGGUAUUGGUGUGGUUAAUGAUGUUGCUCAAACUGAAUAACUUUAAAAGAAGUAGUUACAUUGUACGAAAUUUAGUUCUGUGAUCCAAUAAAUUAUAAUAUAUUAUCUG